CUGGAAUUGGACCCAUACCUCUCAAUCGGGCUCAAUGAUUAAGGCCGUCACAUAUUUGUUAUCGCGUUUCUUGUCUUUCUCUCAGUUGUUUUACCUUUCCCAUUUGCUGGACGGAGCAUGAAGAAAUGACGCACUUGAGCUUUUUGCGUAUCAUCUAAACUGAGUUCUUGCUCGUUGCGGAUCACGAUCGUGACGCCGAUUGCGAGGAAGCCGAUGCGCGUUACGAGCUCGAGAGGCGAUUGUGCAAGAAUCCUUCCGAUCUUCCAUACGACACCUAUCCUGGGGAUUACGAACCCCAACCACCAUUGAAAUAUCCGAGGAGUGCUG